ACGGGUUGCUCCAGUUUCCAGCGACUGCCUUUCAAGAAUUGCAACGUUCCCGCGUGGGAUUUGAGUUAGUGUGUCGGGCAAACGGAGAAGCGACCCGAGUAUGGAUAUCCUUCAGCAGGAGGCGCGAGCCAUUGCGCUGGUUAACCUGAGCGAGACCAACCAUUCCGCACCGGUCUACAACCAGACCACGGUGCCGCUGCACCGCAAAGACUCGCGCAAUAUGGACCAACAGGCGGUCAUCCGCAACAACACCAUCGCGUUUUCCUCGAACCACGACACGGAGACCCCGACGCGGCCCUUCCAGAAUCUGCCGCCCCGCGAACCGGUCGACAUUCAGUUCAAAGAUGUCUCGUACUGCGUCAGUCUCGGAUUUCGUAGAGGCCAGAAGGAAAUUCUGCACAAUGUGAACGGGAAAUUCCCGGGCUCGCAGCUGAUCGCCAUCAUGGGGCCGUCGGGGGCCGGCAAGUCCACGCUGCUCGAUGUCCUGUCCGGCUACCGGACGACUGGUGCCGAGGGAGUGGUGUACGUCAACGGGCGGGUCCGCAAUCUGAACAGCUUCCGUCGGAUGACGUGCUACAUUACGCAGGACGACCGGCUUCAGACGCUCCUGACGGUGCUGGAGAACAUGCGGAUCGCUGCCGACCUAAAGCUCGGGCCGGAAAAGUCGCACCACGAGAAGGAGUCGAUCAUUGAAGAUAUUCUAACCGUGCUUGGGUUGUACGACCAUCAGUUUACUAUCACGAAGCGACUCUCUGGUGGCCAGCGUAAGCGGCUGUCUAUUGCGCUGGAGCUGAUCAACAACCCUACGAUCAUGUUUCUGGACGAACCGACUACCGGGUUGGAUAGCUACUCGUGCAAUCAGGUUGUGGAUUUGUUGAAGAGACUAGCCCACCAGGGACGCACGAUCAUCUGCACGAUCCAUCAGCCGUCGGCUAAAUUGUUCCAGGAGUUUGAUCAGGUGUACGUGCUGUCGAACGGCGAGUGUAUGUACCAGGGCUGUACGAACAGUCUCGUGCCGUUCCUGCAGUCGGUGGACAUGCCUUGUCCGGUGUACCACAACCCGGCCGACUACGUGAUUGAGUUGGCGUGCGGCGAACACGGCGAAGAUCGUAUCCAGCGAAUGGUGAUGGAGAUGGGUAAUGGCGAAUCGACGGAGUGGUUCGCCGACAAGCGCAACAUACUGAAGGUCGAGGAUUGGCGGAAGAAGUAUCCGAUAAAGAAGCAUCUGGAGCAGAAGAAUGCCCUGACGUCUACGUCCCAGAUGUAUCAGCUUCAGGUGCUGAUCAAGCGUGGCAUUAUCAAGGCGAGACGCGACGCCACCCUUACGCAUCUGCGGUUCGGCGUGAACAUCAUCAUCGCGGCCAUGCUGGGAUUCCUGUUCAUUGACGCGGGCAACGAGGGUUCGCGCGUACUCGAUAACUACAAUCUGCUGUUCUCGAUCCUGAUGCACCACAUGAUGGCCACCAUGAUGCUGACCGUGCUGACAUUCCCCACCGAGAUGGGCGUCAUCCUGAAGGAGCACUUCAAUCGAUGGUACACGCUCAAGUGUUACUACCUCUCCGUCACGAUCAUCGAUAUCCCGCUGUCGGUGGCGUGUUGCCUGAUCUUCACCGUCAUCAUCUACCUGAUGAGCGGCCAGCCGAUGGAGUGGUUCCGGUUUGGGAUGUUUUUCACCAUCAGCCUGCUGAUAGUGAUGAUAGCGCAGAGCCUCGGGUUGACGAUUGGAGCCUGGUUUAACGUGGUGAACGGUACAUUCCUCGGGCCCGUACUGACCAUCCCAAUGAUGAUGUUCGCUGGCUUCGGUGUGACGUUGCGCGAUCUGCCGAGCUACCUAAAAUGGGGUAGUCACAUUUCUUAUCUGCGCUACGGUUUAGAGGGCUACGUGAACGCAAUCUAUGGGGAAAAUCGACAAACGCUCGACUGCGAGCUGAAGCCGUACUGCCAUUACAGAUAUCCGGCCAAAUUCCUGUCGGAGAUUUCGAUGGAGGGCGAUCAGUUCUGGAAGGAUGUGUAUGCUCUCUGCGCAACGCUGAUCUUUGUGCGUGUCCUCUGUUACUUCUGCCUCCGGUGGAAGGUGAUGUCCGUGCGGUAGGCCGCCCCGUUCGGUGCGAAGGCGACGAAGAGCCGUUCCCGAAGAACCCACCCGAUGAUUCGCCAGUCGCAUACAGUUCCUGCCAAUUUCAACGAUCGACACUGGAUCGACGGUCCGUUGGUCGAUGCAAUUUCUUCGUGAUAUUGUGCUGAAAAAAACGUGAUAAGAUUUUGUUACCAGACGGAGACCGUGCCGUAGACACGGGGGGGCCAACAGUUUGAUACCAAAAAAUUGGUUGCCAAAAACACGAGGUUAGGUUCCAUUGUUUCAUUCACAACCUUAUCUAAAGUGCAUCGCUAGGUGCUUAGCGCAAUACGUCUUGUUUUCGUUGUCCAUGUUUAGUUCACCUUUUACUGUAAAUAAUACGCUAACGUGCGCGGUACGCAUUCGUUUGGCAUUCCAACGAUAACGAUUGAUUUCUAUGACCUAAGAAUUGUUCAUCGUAUAACCCCGAUAGUAUAAGUUAGUCUUCGAUAGCCAAUAAAUGUUUUAUCCAAAACUGA